UUCCACACUGUGACUGUGAUUGAUUAGAUGUGUUUUGCGAUUUGAGUUACAUCCGAAGCUUGCAGGGAAUUGAUAAAAGGGUUUCCUUACAAAUAUGCCGGACGAUAUCUACUUCAGUGAAGAACUGGUUGACAACAGUCCCAUAGCGGUUAAGUAUCAUGAUACCAAAGAUUCUCUCGAGACAAAACCUGAUGAUGUUUUACUUUUGGAGUUUGCUAAUGUUGUCAGCAUUGAUCCACAAAAUGCUAAAUGGUGCUUCAAAGCUUAUAGGCAGAUGGUGAAGAUUUAUUGUCGUCUUGGUGAAUACGAGAAAAUGAUGGAUGCCAGUAGAAAGAUGCUUAAAUACAUCAAGGGGAAAUACCAAGGUGAUUCCGUGUAUAGGUUUUUGCAGUCCCUCCACCUGGACCUAAACAGGUUGCAAAAAUUGUAUGAGAUCACUGUGGAAGCACUUGAAGAGAACAAGAAUCAAUAUAUGACAGUGUGGUUCAGAACGAGCCUAGAACUUUGCAACGUCUUGUUUGAAAAUCGUCAAUACACACCAAUUAGUAAGAUCCUGAAUGGGCUCCAUAAAUAUUGUCAGAAGGAAGAUGGAACUAGUGAUGAGGAUAAAACAAGAGAUCUGCGCAAGGUUUAUGCAGUUGAAUUUCAGCUGUACACUGAAACAGAUGACAACAUAAAUCAGAAGAUGCAAGAACUAUACCGAAAGGCACUUGCCAUCAAACCUGAUGCACGUGUGCAUAUAGAUCAUAAGACCAUUGGUUUACUCCAUGAGUGUGGUGGCAAAAUGUACAUGGCAGAACGUCAGUGGACAGAAGCUUCUGUUGCAUUCCGUGCGGCUUUUACAAACUACUGCAAAGACAACAACCAGAGAUAUAUAAAAUGCCUAAAGUUUGAUCUUCUGGCGAGCAUGAUGGGCUCAAAUUUGGCUCCAUUUGACACGUUGAUAUCAGAGGGGAAGUGGUCUGAAUUCGGAUUAGCUCUAGGCAUCUGCGCAAACCACCCUGAGAUCUUGGCAUUGAAAGCUUCCAUAGAUGCAUAUCAAAACCAGGAUUUUGAAGAGUUCGAGAGAGCGCUGAAGAGUAACUUGGAGCAUGAUACGAUUAUCAGUCGCUGCAUGCAAGAUAUGCUACAGAAGAUGAGAACACAAGCCAUACUGAACCUGCUAGAGCCGUGCACAACAAAGAAGAUUGGAAUUUCAUUCAUAUCUACCAAACUGGGCGUCACAGAGGAUGAAGCGAUGGAGUUGUUGAGGUUGCUGAUACUCAACAAUGGAGUUCAUUGGCUCGUUGAUGAAGUGGAAGGUUACGUGGUGAGAGUUGAUUGAUUACCAGAGCGUGUUAGGUUAAUAAGAGUGCUAAAACUCUCUUGUUUUGUUCAUUAUUAGUAGUGGUCAACUUGUCUCUGCAAUUACUAAUUAGGAACUUAAAAAUCCACUUUAUGUAUGUAGUCGUUUUCACUUUCAAUGUGAAGCACCACGCUUAGUUAUCACA